AGAAGUAGAGUGAAAUGCAGCCACGUCUGCAAUAUCAGCAGUGUCACAGCAUUCUGUGCAAAACAGCAAGGCAUUUAGAAUUUGAGAAAUAAGUUUGCUUAAAAUGUCUGUUCGCUUAAAAUUCUCAACCCUGACUCUGAUCCUCUGCCUCGCAGUGGGUCAGGUGGAUACACAGACAAUUCUUAUCCAAUCCCCUGAAGCUGUGACAGUGACUGAGGGUGGCACAGUGACAAUUCGCUGUGAUUUGCGAAGCAGCAAUGCUGAUUACACUGUGGACAAGUAUGAUCUGCACUGGCACCAUUCACGAGUUGGGCCUAUAAUAUUGACUCAUUAUGUAAACAACCAUGUUUACCGAUCGAGAGGAUUCUCUGAGCGGUUUCAGCUUUCCAGAAAUGUACCCAGUAACAGUUACAUUCUGACCAUCAGAGACCUGAAGCUCACUGACACUAAUACCUACAUCUGUGAGAUUUGGGGGAAGGUCUACGGAAACGGAACCCGCCUGAAUGUAACCAUUGCAAACCCUCCGAUUCUUCUCCAGUCUCCGAUCCUGGAACGUGUCACCGAGGGUCACACUGCUCGAUUACAGUGCACCAUGAGGAAUGCCGCAGUGACACACACCGAUGUUCACUGGUACCGGGAGCGACCAGGGAAUAACACGGAGUGGGUUUUAACACAUGAUGUGAGGAACAUCACACAAUGGAGCCCAGGAUUCACUGAGCGAUUCCAGUCUUCCAGAGACUCCUCCAAUAACAGCUUCAUUCUGACCAUCACAAAUGUGCAGCCCAGUGACACUGGGGUCUAUUACUGUAAAGUGUGGGGAGAUAUCAGUGGGAAUGGAUCCCAGCUGACUGUAACUGAUCCAUUGGCUGAUCCAGUCCUCAUUCAGUAUCCAGUGGUCAGCAAGGUACCAGAGGGUGAAACUGUCGAGUUCCAGUGUGCCAUGUACAAUGCCAGUGUGAUUGACACUGAUGUCCACUGGCACUAUCAGCGACCGGGCAGCAACACGGAGUGGGUGAUAAGCCAGUUUGUGAAUGGCACCCUCACCAAGGCCCAGGGUUUCCACGAUCGUGUUCAUGUUUCCAGGAAUGUCAGCAGGAACAGUUACAUUCUGAGCCUUGUGAACGUGACUCUCAAUGAUAGUGCUGUGUACCGAUGCAGUGUGUGGAGCUACAUCUAUGGAGCAGGGAGCCAGCUCAAUGUAACUGUUGCAAAUGCCCCAGUCCUUCUCCAAUCUCCGAGCCUGGAACGUGUCACUGAGGGUCACACUGCCCGGUUACAGUGCACCACGAGGAAUGCUGCAGUGACACACACCGAUGUUCACUGGUACCAGGAGCAACAGGGCAUCAACACAAAGUGGGUUUUAACACAUGACGUGAGGAACAUCACACAAUGGAGCCCAGGAUUCAUUGAGCGAUUCCAGUCUUCCAGAGACCCCUCCAGUAACAGCUUCAUUCUGACCAUCACAAAUGCACAGCCCAGUGACAUUGGGGUCUAUUACUGUAAAGUGUGGGGAGAUAUCAGUGGGAACGGAACCCAGCUGACUGUAAUGGAGCAAUCUGAAGAGUGGUGGUUAAUGAUAACCAUUGGCAUUGCCCUGGUAUUUGUUGUCUUACUCUGCAUCUUUCUCAUCAUGCUUCUUUAUGUGAAGAAAUGGGCCUGUUUUCAACACCGAUCAAAACCAGAAGGGACCUCUGAAGAAGAGCUUAACACGGUGUAUGCAACAGUCAGUGCUGAAGUGGAGUAUAAACAAACGACUGUGUCCCCUCCUCCAUUGGAGGAAGGGGAGUUGUAUUAUGCUGAUAUCCAGUUCUUCCGAAAGAAAACCGAAUGGCCAGCUACAGUGAUCACUGAGGAGUCAACCGAGUAUGCUGCCAUCAAAUAUACAUAGUGACGAGUAAUCAGUUCUUCAGCAAGUGAUGAAGAGCAGUCUUUGCUGCCAUUAACUCCCAAACCAGCAGGACGAAGGACAAUCAAUCAUCACAAUUACUUAUUGAUAUUUCUGCUUGACAAUUAUUCCAGAAUUUGCAAGGUGCAUCUUCCUGGCAGAUUGAAGUCUCUGGGUAGUGAGUCCAUGAGGUGACCAGAUUUUUAAUAACGAGAAACCAGGGUGAGUUUAACAGGCAUGGGAAAGUUGGGCAUUGCUGAUCGUUACCACAUUGGGUGAACAGUGCAAAGAAUCUCAAGUUUAGGCAUCGAAAUUGGGUUGGGUGGGGAACUGGGGGACAUAGUCAUGUGAUGACACUUUCUGGAAUAUCUUCAGCCGGGGUUGGUGACCUUCUCCUAACUUUGUUUCUACAGUGUCAUCCACAAAGUACUAAAGACAGUUCCUUUGGAGUCCAGAAGCAGGGGUUACUGUCUAAGGAAAUGGGGUAGGCCAUUUAGGACUGAGAUGAGGGGAAAUGUUUUCACCAGAGAGUGGUGAGCCUGUGGAAUUCUCUGCCGCAGAAAGUUUUUGAAGCUAAAACAUUAACUAUUUUCAAGAUGGAGUUAGACAUAAUUCUUAGGGCUAAAGGGAUCAAAAGGCAUGGGGGCAGGGAAAGCAAGAACAGGGUUGUGAGUUAGAUGAUUAGCCAUCAUCAUAUUGAAUGGUAAAAUAGGCUUGAAGGGCUGAAUGGCCUACUCCCACUCCUGUUUUCUCUUUCUCUGGCAGGGGUUAGGUGAGGAGUAGGGAGAGAGGCUGAGUAUUGGCAGGGGGGGAUACAGGGUUUGCUGUGUACAGUGCAAUGUGAAGUAAUAAGGGUUUCCUUGGAGAGAAACAAACAUGUCAGACUGACUUUUUCUGAAGUCCUGGUUUACACUCUUAACUAAGGAGAGGUGAGAACUGAGUUAUUUUAACUAUUUCCCGGAAAUUGUCGGGAACCCAUAAGACUUUAGAGAAACCAGGAUAGUCCCUUGGAAAGCCUGGGAAUCUGGUCACUCCCUGAGCCCACUAACAGCAUCGUCUCUUAGGAUAGUGAGCCGAGUAGAAGCCAAAGAGGCCUCCUGUUUAACAAACUUAGCAGGAGAUUCUCUCUUGUUAAACUUGACAAAAUGAAACUGCCCUGGUGGCCAAGAACACCAGAAUUCUGGACUCCUGAACCUCAUUCACAUGCUUUCCCAUGGAAGGUUCCAUUGGACUAGUCUUCAUCAUUGCUCAUUAACAGGGAAGCAAUGAGCUGAUUUGAGAAGACUGACUGUCAGCCAUUUCAGUGUCUCAUGUAACUGCAUCGAACAAAAUGAAAGGCACUUUGGAGCAGAGAUUUUAACAAAUUGAAAAUUUAUUCAAGGCUUUUUGGAAUGACAGGGAUUUUAUUUUUAUUCAAAUGCUUAAAGCAGGACAGCUAACUGAGAAAUAGUGACAAAUCAAAAUAAAAAUACUUAGAAUGAACAGAGGGAAGAGUGAAAUGGGAUGAAUGCUCAGGCAAAGCAGGAAUGAUUCUUUUCAUGUGUUUGUGAGAUGGUUUUAACCUUUUGAGGUAUGCUGAAGAUUGAGCUCAAUAGAGUGGAUGAGUGGUCAUGAUCUGCAAUCUUUACCCACUCACCUCUCUCAGCGCCGAACGCAAAAUUCACACCUUUUAUUCCUAAUUUGUAAAAUAGUAUAUUUUAGGAAUACAUAAUGUCAUACACUGUAUGUCUCCUGAAAUUAUUAAGCAGCUUCAUUAUUUUAGUUUCAUUUUUUGCAAUUCUAAUGUUCUCAACAAACUGGAGUAUGUGACUAGAUCAGAUACGCAAAGGAGUACUGCAUUGUUUAUCUCCAUAUCCAAGCUUAGCUUAGAGAGGGUGAAACAAGGACUGGGGUGGGUUGUGAGAGGGGUGGGGGAGCAUGGAGGAGCAUGGAGGAACAUGGGGAGUGGGGGUGAGUGCAGUAGGCAGAGUUGGCCUUUGAAAUGAAAUUGAGUAGAAUGCAUUUGUACUCCUUGGAGUGUGGAAGAAUGAAAAGUAAUCUGAUGGAGCAUCUCAGAUAAUGUUGUUCCUUCACAGAGUAGACACUGCAAUGCAGUUUUCCCCCCUGGCUGCAGGAUGGGGUGGGACAGGGGUACACAUUCUCAGGAUAAGGGGUUGAUUAUUUUGGAUAGAGAUGAGGAGACAUUGCCUGAUCCAGGCACAUCUUUUGGAUUUGGGACUCCAGAGAUCCAUGGGUGCUCUGGACUUGAGCAUAUUCUCCACAGAGAUCAACAGAUUUUUAGUCUCUCAGGGAAGUUAAGAUUUAUAAAAUAGUUAUUUUCAAAUGUGAUGUAGGCAUCACUGGCAAGGCUAGCAUUUGUUGCUUGUCCCUAACUGCACUUGAAAUGAGUAACAUGCCAUGUCAUUUCAGAGGGUAGUUGUAAAUCAGUCAGAUUGUUGUGGCUCUGGAGUCACUUGUCAAUUAGACGAGGUAAGGAUGACAGAUUUCCUUCCCUAAAGGGCAUCAGUGAACCCCAGAAAGGUUUUUACAACAAUUGGUGACAGUUCUCAUGGUGUCCAUCACUGAGACUCUCAAACCUCAGAUUCAAUUAAUUGAAUGUAAACAGUACUAGUUAGCACAGUGGAGUUUGACCCAGUGACCCAGAGCAUGAGCCUGGGCCACUCGAUCGUUAAUUUAAUCACAAUACCACUACUCCACCAUCUCUGGGAUCAGGUGGGAAAGCGGAGAUUAGGCAGAAGAUAAAACAUGAUUGUAUUAAAGGGAAAGGAGCAGAUUUGAUGGGCAGAAUGGUUUGUUCCUACUCUGAUUUUGAAUGCUUAUAGGAAUCCUUGCUAAGAAAGAGAGGGUAAAGAUUCAAAUGGCAGAGAGUGAUGUUAGGACAGAUACUGCUGUUGAUCGACAGCUGCAAUGUCCUUCCAAUUCCCUAGAUUAAUUUGAGGAUUAGCUGGAGAUGAGAUGAGAGCUGGUGUACUGGACUUAGGAGUUUCAGUGGGUUAAAUGUUUGCUUAAGCCAUCUUGCGAACAUCGCUGAGAAAUAUUGCAAACACUGUCUCAGAGUGAUACUUUCUCAUUGCAAUGGAAAAAAUAGAAAACCAGAAACAAUUUCAAAUGAAUUGGUGUUGUAGAUAAUGUGGACAACACUGCAAUUGGUGAUAUUUUCUCAAAUUCUCUGCAACUGAACAGUCCUAUGGUCUGUGUGCACUGUCCUGUGUCUGUAACUGUCUAAUUUCCGGCCCCUUGUUUGUGCUUUUCAUCGAAAAUAACAAUUGUAUUUUUUUAUAAAUGAUUAAUGUUCAGAUUGGAUAUGAAUCGCUCUGUUUGCCACAUAAAGAAUAUUUUAGAUUGACUUUAUUUUAAA